AUGGAUAUCUUCCAUAUUGAUUCAUCAAAUAUCAGUUCAAGUAUCGUCGACACUGAUCAUGAUACGUCGGUUCCUGACGAAAUAACAGAAGUUAAAUUUGAGUCUCAUUCGGAAUUUGAUUUAAAUUUCUUUGACACGCCUGAUGACUCAAUGACUCAGGGUGCUUUUAGCAAUCCUAAUUCAGUCGAAUCAUCGAUAUCAUUGGCACCAACACCAGAACCACCGAACUCUACCAAUAAUGUAAUUAACAACGGUAUUUACACUAUAUCAUCAACUUCAUCUCCCGGCAUCAAUUUUAGUCAGCAAAAUGUUAAAACCGAAAAUCAACCAUUUUCACCGACAUCAACAGCAACAGGAACAACAAAAUCAGCAGCUGAUUCAAAUUCAAGUUCAUCAUCAAGCACAAAAAACUUUGUUGCCUGUAAAGUCUGUGGUGACAAAGCAUCAGGAUAUCAUUACGGAGUUACUAGUUGUGAGGGAUGUAAGGGAUUUUUUCGUCGUAGCAUACAGAAACAAAUUGAAUAUCGUUGCUUACGUGAUGGUAAAUGCUUGGUAAUCAGACUGAACAGAAAUCGAUGCCAAUAUUGUAGAUUUAAAAAAUGCUUAGCAGUUGGAAUGAGUAGAGAUUCUGUACGAUACGGUCGUGUUCCAAAACGUACUCGUGAUAUUGGCGGUAACUCAAUUGUAGAUGACUUACCGUCAAAUAGUUUGAUUGUAAAUGGUCAAGCUGUGAAUGGAAACGCAAACAUUUAUGUGACAAAUAUUCGUGUUGUCAACGCAACAGUCGCAGUAGCAUCAUCUGUACAAAACACGACAAGUAUUAAUAGUUCUGCUUAUUCUCCAUCAAUUGUUACAACAACAACAUCAGCAGCAGCAACAGAUAUCAGCAGUGUAAAGAGUACACAAAGUGCACUGUUAGUUUCUUCACAUCAACAAAUGUGUUCAACCACCACUACUAAUCCACCGAUCGAGCAAAUAUCGUACAUUAGCGCAGAUAUGAUUGAGGCAUCACAUAUGAACAAUAAUAAUAAUAAUAAUAAUAAUACUAAUAAUAACAAUAAUAAUAAUUCUGAUGAGAAUCAAGAAUUAUCUGUGUAUGAUGUGAUAUUGUGUGUGUCGCAGGCACAUCGAACCCAUUGUUCGUACACAGAGUGUGCAGUGAAAGGACUCAAUCAUCGACCAUUAAUAAUGCCAAAUAGUUAUCAAUCAUCUAAUAACACAUCUAAUAAUUUAAUUACAUCUUCUACACAAACGCAGGCGAUGGACGAUAGUGGGAUAAUACCAUCAUCCGUUUCGGAAUCUUUAGAGCAGCAGCGCAUUUUCCUUUGGCAACAGUAUGCACUUCGCAUGACUCCGUCAGUUCAACGUGUAGUAGAAUUUGCUAAACGUGUACCUGGAUUUUGUGAUUUCACGCAAGACGAUCAAUUAAUAUUAAUAAAAUUAGGCUUUUUCGAAGUAUGGCUUAAUUACAUCGCUAAGGCAACCACCGAUUUAACACUAACGUUUGACGACGGUACUUUUAUGACUCGUCAGCAACUUGAGAUUAUGUAUGACGCUGAUUUUGUCAACGCCCUGUGCAAUUUUACAAAUGGACUUAAUGCAUGUAAUCUAAAUGAUACAGAAGUUGGUCUCUAUUCAGCAUUGAUCUUACUUGCGGCUGAUCGUCCCGGUAUAACAGAACAAAAAUUAAUACUGAAAACUCGUGAGCGAGUAGCCGAAGCAUUGCGAGUUCAAAUCAUUCGUUCAAGGCCAAAUACAGCAAAUGCGCUCCAAAUUAUGCCGGCCCUCGAAGCAAAAAUUAUGGAAUUGCGUACUCUCGGUUUACGUCACUUUAAUCAUCUAGAUUUUUUCAGAAUUAAUUGGCAAUAUUCAUCCCGUUUGCCGCCUUUAUUUGUAGAAAUAUUCGAUAUUCCUAAAUCCGAAGAAGACUUGCAAUAA